AUGUCUGCUGAUUCAUCGCAUUACAUUAUCUUUUAUUUACAGCUCUAUGUCAUGAAUCCAUAUUCUUUUAAACGCUUUUUGGAACACCCUGAACGGCCACGCCAUCCGGUGCAGCUAGUAUGUACAGACGCGAACAGUAUUUUGGUUCAUGGUGAACUUCCUGAUUGUGUUCAAAAUCCAAACACACAUGCGACUCCUCCAGUUGUUCCUGAUUUGAAUCGAACUACUUCACAGUCUCUUAGUCCACAUGGCACCAUCCCACCAUCAAUCUCUUUUCCAUGCAAUUCCCGUUCGAUGCCUGAGGUGUCUACCUCAUCCUACUCAGAUUACACCUCAAACCCGCCUACUCUCCGAACGACCUUCCCUCUCAACAUGCCCCUGCCAGACAUCCACCCUUCAACGUCAUGCGAUGACAACCAACGAGCAGCUUCUAGCCACUGUCGGGAGUCAAUCAACCUGGACAUUUUGCCUCAAAGAUUACCCGAUUUUAUCACUUACUCUAACUGUUGCAGGAACGUCACUUCGGAUGCACAACACAGGGAUCCUAUCAGACCACCGAACGUGUUCCAGUCUAAACAAAUUCCGCGACGCAGUAACUCAUUUUCAAAUCUUUUCAAUGGUCCUGUCCAUCCAGCAUCGUCAGCAUCAAACUCUUGUCCCCGUCGUUCCUACAGCGAUUUACUCUCUCACUCUCGCAGCCUGAAACAAACCACUGUAAAACCUUUGACUCCAUUACAUCCUGCAUUGUCAGACGUUGAUUCCACUUCUACUCUGCCGGCUGCACCUUUUCCGGAUCCACAGUCGACGAACUGCAGUUCCUCUGUGCCUCUAUGGCUGCAUCAGCAAGAAAUCGCCACGCUCCGCACACAACAAUCCGCACUGGAAGAUCAACUCAAUCGGACAAGGGCUCAAUUACGUGAUCGCGAGUCACUGUGA